CCGUCGUCACCAACAAUGAAGAAAUCGGCAGCUAUCCUUCGGCCCUCGAUCGAUCCUGCAGUACUCUAUAUAAAAGGGGGCGCUUUCUCAGAUUGACGACCUUCAAGGUGGUGGUGGCAACGGGGUAAGGGAGGGACCAGAAUAGGAGCAGAGGAAGAAGAGAAUGGCUACCUUCAUAGUUCCUGAUCCGGUUCCUUCAGCAACAGAGGAUGCCGAGAGGCUUCGGAAGGCUUGCCAAGGGUGGGGCACGGACGAGAAAGCCAUCAUAUCGGUGCUUGCUCACAGAACCGCCGCACAGCGCAGCCUCAUCAGGCAACUUUACCAGCAACUCUACGGCGAGGACCUCAUCAAACUCGUGCAAUCAGAACUCUCCGGCCCCUUUGAGAGAGCUGUUUCUCAGUGGAUAUUGGAACCAUAUGAUAGAGAAGCAGUGAUGGCAAAUGUAGCGAUUGUUCAGAAGGAGAUUGAUUUCAGAGUGAUAGUGGAGAUUGCUGCCAGUCGCUCGUCGUCGGAGCUGCUAAAGAUAAAACAGGCUUAUCUAGCCCGCUACAACCGAUCCCUGGAAGAAGAUGUUGCUGCUCUCUCCUCAGGCGACUUUAGAAAGCUGUUGGUGGGGCUGGUGAGCUCGUAUAGGUAUGAAGGGCGAGAAGUGGAGCUGAACCUGGCGAAAUCGGAGGCGAAGAUGCUCAAGGAUGCGAUCGAGGGGAAGGCGUGGAGCGAUGAGGACCUCAUCCGUAUCUUUACCACCAGGAGCAAGGCGCAGCUCAAAGCCACCGUCAACAAAUACAACGAUGAUUAUAACACCUUCCUAACCAAGGACUUGAAGGAAAACCCAGAUGAUAAAUUUCUCUACGCAUUGCGGGCAGUGAUCAAAUCCAUCUAUGACCCUCACAAGUAUUUCGCAAAGGUGCUGCGACAAGCAAUACACCAGAAAGGAACUGAUGAAGAUGCACUGACGCGGGUGAUAGUGACGCGUGCCGAGUUCGAUCUCAAGGAGAUACAAGAAGAGUUCUUCAAGAGAAACAGUGUCACUGUUGAUGAAGCCAUUGGAAAGGUUACCUCUGGUGAUUACAAGGACUUCAUCCUUGCCUUGCUAGGAACUGGCAAUUACUAGUUCUAAGAAGCAUUGUCACAAGCUCAAACGAUACUUCUGUGUUUCUUUUGAUGGUUAUAACUAUAUUAGGGUUUCGGACUUUUUG